GUAUAUGAAGCCGAAGCCUAUCUACGAAUGAGAAGGACUCUGGCAGGAAGGUUUGAAGUUAUCAUUGGUAGAUGAGCUUCAGGAGGGGACAGUCACAUUCACCUGCUGUACAGAGACAGAGACAGAGACAGAGAAGAGCUGACAUGUCGGACUCUGUGCUCUACCAGGGAACGACCCUGCUGGGGUUCCUGGCUCUGGGGUACCUGCUUCUCAAACACACCUUCAAGCUGCUGAUGGGGUUCCGAGUCCACAUCCUGUCCCGAUGGUGGAGGAAGGACCUUAAGAAGUAUGGAGGAUGGGCAGUGGUAACGGGAGCUACAGAUGGAAUAGGGAAGUCUUACGCUAUGGAGUUAGCCAAGAUGGGAUUCAACGUUGUCCUGAUUAGUCGGACUCUGGAAAAGCUUCAGAAAGUUGCAGCAGAGAUUGAGGAACAGAGUGGGCGCAAAACCAAGAUCAUCCAGGCGGAUUUUACAGGAGGAGCUGAAAUUUAUCCAAAUAUUGAGGAGGGCUUGAAGGACCUGGACAUUGGAAUCCUGGUAAAUAAUGUUGGUAUGGCCUACAAGGAUUCAUUAGAAUUUAUCGGUUCUGAUGACUUAAGCAAGGACAUUACGGACAUGAUGAAUUGCAAUGUAAUGUCAAUGCUACAUAUGACUCGAAUUCUACUUCCAAGAAUGCUGGAAAGAAAGAAAGGUCUCAUAAUAAACAUAAGUUCUGAGGCCGGCACUCGUCCCUUUCCAAAAAUCACCCUCUACUCUUCCACCAAGGUCUUUGUAGAUUUCUUCUCCCGCAGCCUCAACAUCGACUACCAACCAAAAGGUGUCACUGUGCAGUGUGUGAUGCCGCUUCUCGUCUCCACCAACAUGACCCAAAAGCCGAAGACGAACCUAUUGGUGAAGACGGCUGACGAUUUCGCCCGGGAGGCUCUGAACACCGUGGGGCUGACCAGUCGUACCAGCGGCUGCCUAUCCCACUCCAUCCAGAGCUUCCUGUUGGAUCUGUUUCUCACCGAGACCGUCAUGAGUUCCACAAUCAUCGCCUGGAUCGCCAGUCUCACCCUUCGCAUUGUUAUGAAAAUAAAAAAAUCGGACUGAUGACAAUUUACACAUUUAUUAAAGUGGAAUAUUACAUAUA